AUGGCACCUUUACUUCUGCUCAAAAAUCUGUGUUUUACGAUUUUCUUCACUUAUUUCCACCUUGCGCUUUCGGGCACCGUUCGGCGAGCGGGGUCGACAUGUACGGUUAAUGCCAGUACGAACGGCUCUGAUGAUGCACCUGCGAUUCUGGAAGCUUUCCAGAUGUGUGGGGACAAUGGCGUUAUCCAGUUGCAUGAUCCCUUGUAUCAUAUCGAGACUGUGAUGAACACUACGCGUCUAUCGAACGUCCGGAUUGAUUUGACAGGAACUAUGCUGUGGGGAACAAAUCUUACUUACUGGGUUUCUUCUGGUUUACCUUUGGGAUACCUCAAUGCAACUACCGCUUGGGCGCUUGGAGGUGAUCAAAUAACAUUUGACGGUCAUGGUGUUGGUACAUUAGAUGGUAAUGGCCAACUUUGGUACAACUUGGCCGAUGGUGUAUCCAACUAUCCUGGACGGCCAAUUAACUUGUUGAUCGCCAACUCAACGAACUCCCUUUACACGGGUAUACGUUUCAUACAAUCCCAGUAUUGGACCAUGGCAAUUCAGAAUUCAGAAGAUGUCCUACUGGAUGGAAUAUACGUCAAUUCGACUUCUAACAAUACUGUUCCUGCGAGGAAUACAGAUGGCGUAGACACUUUCUUCUCCAACAGGAUAACCUUUAGAAACUGGACAGUUGUUAAUGGAGAUGAUUGUAUCUCGUUGAAAGCUAAUUCUACCAACAUUUUGAUUCAAGAUUCUGUUUUCCAUGGAGGUCUCGGUGUUUCUGUCGGCUCCAUUGGCCAAUACGACGGAGUUUUCGAGAUGAUUCAGAACGUCACGGCAGAACGAGUACUCGCUCUUGGUUCACGAUAUGGGGGAUAUAUCAAAACUUGGACUGGUGUUCCUCAAGGCUUUCCACCCAAUGGAGGUGGAGGUGGCCUUGGAUUUGCCACGAAUAUCACUUUCAGGGACUUCACACUUCAGAAUGUUACUGACAAUGUUGCUCUGAUCACACAGUGUACUUCUUUUGAGGGUGCCACUGGUGAUUGUGAUACUUCUCUGUUCCGUUUAUCAAACAUUACUUGGGGACCUGGAAUAUCAGGAAGCAUUCAAAGUGAUACACUAGCUACAAUGCAGUGUAGUGGGGACGCUCCUUGCUCUGGCAUCUCACUACUUGGUUUUGACAACGUAGUCACAGUGGGUGCGCGAGAGAUCGAUUGUAGCAACGUCAUAAACUCAACUGGGUUCAACUGCACGUAG